AUGGACGGAUUGUCGGCCUCAGACCACGAACGUGAAUACGGUUCUGAAAUGGAUUGUUGCACCGUAGGACCGUGGGUCCGUUGGAACGAUCGACGCGCCGGUCGUGUCCGCGGUCGUGGACGCGGACGUGGACGCGGACGUGGACGACGCGAAAACAACGUAAAUCUGGUUAAAUGGCUACGUGCGCCUAAACCGGAAUGGCUAUGUUACGACAUUAAAGACGGACUAAGGAAAAAGUGAGUUUUUCGCGGUAGGUACGUUAUCACAGCGUACCCCGUUUGCGAUAAAUAUUAUUGUAGUCGUGCAGUACUUGCGAAUAUAGUUUUUUUUUUUUUUUUUUUUUCACAAAGUAUUUAGUCGACUUUGCAGUUCUUAUAUUACCAAAUUGUUACAGGUUUGUCAGAAUUAAAGGUCCGGAAACGAUCGCAGCACACCCUCCACAUGGGUCGUGCGUGUCAUAUGACUGGAUGUGUGUUGACGAACCGGGCGGCUUGGGUAAAAAGUAAGUUUCUCGCGUACGAUAUGGAUAUAGCCGCCUAAGCGUUCGUGAUAUUAUAUUAGAAAACUCGUUUAUUUGUUACAGCCAACUGUAUCUUGGUAAUUUAAAAUAUUAUUAUUAUACGCAGGUUUAUCCAGACUACGAUAAUCCAUCGGUCUCGAUCGGAUUUCAAUAAUUUAUCGGACAGUAGCAGUUCCGAAAAAUCGGUCAAAGUAGGACCACCGUUGGCUAUGUCUGGCGAUUCGUCGUUGACUAUACCCGACAUCGAUUCGUCGUUUUCCCGUUCUCGGUGCUAUUUGUCGUCCGAAUCGGACGAAAACGAACCGGAAUCGGAAUAA